AUGACCACUACCGCCCAGGACUUCAUCCUGGUGGAUCGACAGCCGCCGAUCGCCACCAUUACCAUCAACCGGCCCCGCCAGCGGAACGCCAUCAACUACGAUAUGUGGAGCAAGCUGGCGGAUCUGGUUGAAGAUUUGGACCGGGCCCGGGAGGUGCGGGUAGUAAUAUUCACCGGCGCCGGCGAGACGGCCUUUUCGGCCGGCGCGGAUAUUGCGGACUUUGACCGGUACCGCGCCGAUUCAGCCAAGGGCAAGGUCUAUAACGACGCUGUGGACCGCCUGCUGGACACACUGGCGACGAUGGAUACUCCUACCAUUUCAAUGAUCAGGGGAUUCGCUGCCGGCGGGGGCUGCGAACUGGCGGUUGCCACGGACCUGCGUAUUGCCGCCGAGGGCAGCCGGCUGGGAAUUCCGGCAGCGCGCCUGGGCAUCAGUAUCGGACAUCGGGAGAUGCGGGGACUGGUCAGCCUGGUUGGCAAAGGCAAUGCACUGUACAUCCUGUUGUCGGGGAGGCUGCUGGAGACCGAAGAGGCCCUGCGCAUUGGCCUGGUCAACCAGGUUACCGCGCCCGAGGAUCUGGAAACGGUUACCUACCAGCUUGCCACGGAGAUUGCAGGGCUGGCUCCCCUGUCCCAUGCCGCCAACAAGCGGACGCUGAACCAGGUACAGGCCAAGCCGGCACUGGACAACUUGACGGUCGAAGAGGCCAACGUGCCUCUGGCGCAGUUUGAUACCAGGGACUACCAGGAAGGAUAUCGGGCGUUUCUGGAGAAGCGGGCGCCCAAUUUUAUUGGAGAAUGA